CGGCUGCUGGCCGCCCGUUGCUCCCGUGGUUGCGGCUGAUGACGUCCGCUGAGACGUGCGGGGCUCUGUGAGGGCUCGCCACGGGGGGCUGGGUGAGGCUGGGGCCGGUCCGGGAGGGCUUCCCGGCGGUGGAGCUGGGAGGGGCUGUCCUGCAGCAGGCGUGCGGUGCAGAGGCCCCGGGAGGCCAGCCAGGGGCCGCGGGGUGGAAGCACCUGAGAACGUUGCUCCGCCUCCGUCCCCACCUGUGUGCGCGUCUCUCAGGGCCUCAGCCCGGUGGGGUCUUCCUCUGAGCCCCUGGACCUGAGCAUGAGGGUCUGUCUAGGGGAGAAAGCCCCAGACAGGGGGACAGAUGGACUGCCAGCUUUCCCGGGACCACUGAGCGGGAGGAAGUGUCGGGAGGGUCCCCUCCCAUUCCCGCGUCUUUGAGCUGGGUGGGAGGUUUCGGGGUGUGGUCUGGAACCCAUGGUGUUUUCCGGAACGUGGGUCUCUGGCCUCUGCACCCGCUGGAGCUCCGGACGAGCAAGGCGGCUGGGGAGGAGCCUGGUUUCUCCUCGUUCUCAGUGCAGAGGGGAGCUAGGGCACGAGGGCCUUGAGUCCAGCAGACCUGGCGUGGGCCGCGAGCCUUGUCCCUAGGACCACGUGGGCCUGGAUUUCCUCGCCCAUAGAGCGAGUGGGGGAAGGGAGCGUGUUCUCGGCAAGACUGUCGUGCAGGAGAGGCGGAGCGACCCCACAGAUAGUUUCCGGGGGGCUGCAACAUCGGUGUGCAGCCGUGUCUUUUCUCUGUGAAAGUCGUGUCUGACGUCUUCUGUCCAGCAGGAGGGUGAGGGGCUGGGGCAGGUCAGUACCCUGACCUCGGGGUUAGCUCUUUGGAGGGGUACGGAGUAGGGAGGCCUUCCCCGGGGACUCACGUUAGAAGGAGAGCCAUACUCAGGAAAAGCAGGAGGGACUUAGCACAGUGGCCUCCUUCCUUGGGGCAGCAGGCUGAGGUUGUACCUUGCUGCUGGGUGUCCGGGGUGCCCGUGCUCUGCUCCCGGCGACCCUCGCCGCAGCCCUUCCUGUGAUGGGAGGCCAGGCUGCGCGUCAGUCCUGCAGCCAUCUCCGGGGCUGGGACUCAAGGCUGGGGUGCGGCUCCUCGUGCCUCAACCGGCCACCUGACGGACCAGCCGCAGCCCUGCGUCCCCCCGCCUCUGGCUGCUGGUGUGUGCCCUCCAGCUUCGGCCCCACUCCCAGAGAGGCCACACUGCUCUUACUUCCACACGAGUCUUUCAGAGCAACGCGGGGUGGUGGUUCUCGGUGAACCAGCAGCGACGUCUCCUGGCGUCAGAGCUGGGCCGCAGAACUGCUUUCGCGAGUUCGCUCUUUCGGUGGCGCGCACCGUGGGGUGCUGUUUUUAGUACACCCACGAAAUUGUGCAGCCGUGACAUCUGUCUAGUUCCAGAACAUUCCAUCACCCCCAAAUGAGCCCUUUGUCCGUUAGCAUCACUGCCCUAGUCCUCAGGAGCUAGUCUCUCUCGAACAGCUUCAUUGAGAGAGAACUACUCACGUGUGAACAGUUUGAAGUGCACAACUGAACAGUUUCUAGCACAUUCAUAGACGGGUGUGGCCACCUCCACAUUUCCCUCACCCCGAAAGCCCCAGACCCUUAACCACCAGCGCCCUGUACCUGGUCUCUUACCUGUGCUCUGUGUCCAUUUGCUGUUCUCAUGUAGCGUGGGGGGGCGUGACUGGACGCAGAGAAAGGCUGGCGCGUUCUGGGGGGUCCUCUCCUUCCUCUGUGACCUUACCUGACCCCGGUGCAUAUGCUGUCCUGGGCACGUAGGCUCGGUGUGCCCGCAAGCCAGCCCGGUGUGCUGGAGCAGUCAGUCAUCCCGAAGCCAGGAGUCUGAGACCCGUGUGCUGGGCUCCUGGUCCUCGCAGAGGCGCCCGGGCCCUGGGGAAUCGCCCGGCCUGCAGCCACGGCCUUGGUGGGGGUGCCAGAGGCGAGUGCAGCCGGCUGCCCCCUGGGUCCUCAUGGUGGAGGGGAGGGGGUUUCCUUCUGCUGCGCUUCCACGCUGUCGUCCAUGGUCCCUGGGAGGUUCGGGGGGCAGACGUGCUGUUGCCUGGAUUAGAGGCGCCGGGCCCCACACGAGUGCUUUCUCCGGCAGCUCGGAGGAGAUGGACCCUGCGCGCUGCGGUUUACCCGCUGCAAGUGUGCAGGUCGGCCGAGCCCUGUGUCACAGUCGUGCGGUCCUCAUCAGGGCUAGCCUUAAGAUGUUCCCUCUCCCCAGGUGGGGCCCCGUCCCCAUUAGCGGUGACCACCCCCCUCCCCUGGCCCCCAUGAGCCCCCUUCCCGUCCGUGGACGUGUCACACGUGGACUCACGCUGCGUGGCCUGUGUCUGGUUCCCUCCCCGUGCGUUGUGGGCUCGUGGUCCCUCCUUGCUCCCGCUCAUGGCCAGGGACGCUCCUGUGCGUGGGGGACCGCGUGAGCACCUGUUUCCCCGUCCCAGUGCACAUUUCGGCCGUUUUCACCUCACGCCCUCCGAGUCUGCUGCUCUGAACACCAGGUGUCCAUUCCGCCAGGUCGCUGAGCAAGGGGGCUGCCGUGCUGUCCGGGUCCCGAGUGGCCGGCGGCGCGCCCAGCGGUAACUGACGCGCGCCGGUGCUGUUGGUGCGUUGAGUAGGGCCCCCGAGGGUCAGCGUCAUCCCCUAGAGAUGGGGGCCCACACGGUCUGCGAGCUGAGCGGGAUCACGAGCGUCCCCGCUUCAGAGCUCCUGGCCUUGGACCUCCCAGCAGUCCAGCUGAGCAGCUCUUGGGGUCCUGGCCCAGAAGCCUAACCUGAGAUUUGACCGCACCCCCAGGAUGCUCUAGUUCCUCGGUGGUACCCACGGGGAGGAGACUGUGGUUAGGGGUUGUCCCUCAGCCACCUGCCAUCCUGGGGUCUUUCACAUGGCCUGGUUGUGUUUUUGGAAUGUUCUGAAAUGUGAGUCAGACUCUGGGACUGGGCCCCACCCUUCUGCACCGGGGUGUCGAGCCCCGCUCUCAGCGCUGAGGUCUGUUGGGGGCUCUGGCCGGGAGGCAGCCCUAGGGACAGGGCGGGGGCCGGCCCAGCGCGCCCUGCCCGCCGCUGACCGCCUGUCCGUCCGCAGCCCCAGUGGGAAGAAGUUCCGGAGCAAGCCCCAGCUGGCGCGGUACCUGGGGGGCUCCAUGGACCUGAGCACCUUCGACUUCCGGACGGGCAAGAUGCUCGUGGGCAAGAUGAACCGGAGCCGCCAGCGGGUCCGCUACGACUCGGCCAGCCAGGCCAAGGGCAAGCCGGACCUGAACACGGCCCUCCCCGUCAGACAGACAGCGUCCAUCUUCAAGCAGCCAGUGACCAAGAUCACCAACCACCCCAGCAACAAGGUGAAGAGUGACCCACAGAAGGCCGUGGAGCAGCCUCGGCAGCUCUUCUGGGAGAAGAAGCUGAGUGGUCUCAAUGCCUUCGACAUCGCCGAGGAGCUCGUCAAGACCAUGGACCUCCCCAAGGGCCUGCAGGGCGUGGGGCCAGGCUGCACAGACGAGACCCUGCUGUCGGCCAUCGCCAGCGCCCUGCACACCAGCACCAUGCCCAUCACCGGGCAGCUCUCCGCCGCCGUGGAGAAGAACCCUGGGGUGUGGCUGAACACGGCCCAGCCCCUCUGCAAGGCCUUCAUGGUGACCGACGAGGACAUCAGGAAGCAGGAGGAGCUGGUGCAGCAGGUGCGCAAGCGGCUCGAGGAGGCGCUGAUGGCCGACAUGCUGGCCCACGUGGAGGAGCUGGCGCGGGACGGCGAGGCGCCGCUGGACAAGGCCGGCGCCGACGCGGAGGACGACGAGGAGGACGAGGAGGACGAGGACGAGCCCGACCAGGACCAGGAGAUGGAGCACGUGUAAAGCAGAGGCCCCGCGGAGGCCUGCGUGCGGGGCGCGCCCUGCAGACUCCGCUGUCUCCACACUCGGACCAGGCUCUGGGGCCCAGCCCAGCAGGCCGGGGAUGAUGGCGGCCCCUCCUAGGCCUUCCCAGGCGUGUCCCCUCCCCUGGGUCCUCGGGGGCACGGCUGGAGGACAGUUCUGCCUACGGGCCCGGCACGUUUGCUCUCCUCUGAAGGGUCUGGGUCCAGACGCACCCGUCGCCCCUGGGCCUGGCUGCAGGGGUCUUCCUUGGAACCCUCCCCCCGCCCUGGACUCGGGGCCGGCCUUGUCCCCACGGCCACAUCACACGGGACAGCUGCCGCGGGGCGGCCUGUGAGGGUCCCCAAGGGGCUGGAGAAAUAUUUUUUGGAACAGUCCUCCCUGCCCCCAGCGUGUGAGGGACGCUGCUCCAGGGUCCGCACGUCAGACCUCCAGGAAGGGGGUGCGGGACGGCUGUCCUCUGCGCCCACUGGAGGGCGAGGCCAAGACCGCUCCGAGCUCAUCUGAAGGCAAACGCACAGCCCAGACGUUUUCCUUCAAUAAACCCGCGUACAAACGAGGCUGGACGUCCGCUCGACCGGUCAGCCCAUGCGUCUGCUGCACGUGGAGGCGAACUUCGCCUUUGUGUCGGGGGAGCUCACCGUCCGCGUGGCCGCCCCUGCCCGCGGUCCGCCGGCCAUCAGCGACACCCAGCUCCCGGCCGACGUCCGGGGCCGGGGCUCCAAGACAGCUGUGCCAUGGGCCAGGGCUCCGCGUCCCCCUCCCCCUGUGGCGGGGACGGUGACGCCUGGCGCUCAGGGCCAGAGCUGGUGCUGGGGCCACGGCCUCUCCGGGGUCCUGUCCUGGGGUGUGUUCUGUGGGCCCAGUGUUUCCAGCACCCGGUGCCCAGAGCAGCGGCCUCAGAGGAGCUCGGGGUGCGGAGGCCGUUGGAACCGUGUCACUCCGCCCGCCACCUCUUAGCUGGAGUGCCUUGGGUGAGGGGAACCCUCCCGUCCCCGCUCAGCCCCGGUUCACAGCCCAAGACUGUGGGGCAGGACCUGGGCUGUUGCGUGUGUGGCUGUUACCCUGGCUGAUGCGCAGGGUCGGGGAGGUAGUGAGAGGCACCUGGCGGUCCGAGGACGCUGGCCCAGCUCGGCACACGGCAGCUUCGUGCCCGGCCCAUCAAAGCACAAAUUCUCCGGGACCAGCGUGGGAGUGCGUGCAGGCCCGCAGGGGCCCCGGGCCACCACCGGCCCCCAGGAGGGCCCCUCCCCUGAGGCCACAUGGCCUCCUGCCCUUCAGAGGCCACAGCUGCUGAGGGAGCUCUGUCUGGGGCUGGCCCCUGCGUGGGCCUGAGGUCCAGGUGCUGGGGCCCCUGCCCAGCCGGGGGGACUGCGGGGCCCGGGAGGCGCCGUGUGCCGUGGGCGACUGUUGAAUAAAGCCGUCUCGGUGAGUGUGG